AUGGCUACCCCCAAUGCUCUCACCUUUGAUGCUGAGUGUCGGGCUGUCGACUUUGAGGUCUGGGUCGAUGAUCUGCAGCUUUUCCUGCAGUGCGAUAGAAAAGAUGGUCUCUCACUGUUCGAUCUCACGUGUGGCGCCUUUGCUGCCCCUACUGCCGAUACUGACAGUACUGUUCGCUCACAGUGGGCCACACGCGAUGCUGCUGCCCGUCUUGCUGUGCGUAGUCACCUGCCGUCCACUGAGCGCGCACACUUUAGUCAGUACAAGAGUGCUAAGACCUUGUACGACGCUGUAGUUGCACACUACUCUUCCCCUGCCACUGCUGCCCUUAGUCGCCUCAUGCUGCCGUACCUGUUCCCUGACCUCGCAGCCUUUCCCACAGUCGCUGAUCUCAUUACGCACCUUCGCACUAGUGACACCCGCUACCGCGCUGCGCUUCCUGCUGAGUUCUGCGCCAAGAACCCCCCCCCCCCCCACCCUUUGUACAUCACCCUCUACUACCUAGAGCGCCUCCUUGCAGCUGAGAAGAGUAUAGUCGUUAUAGGAGCCUCUCGUGGUGACCCUCGUGCCCCCUUCUUUGAGGGGUGCUCCCCCUCCCCCCUUUUGCCCUUUGUUGCCUCUGCUGCUGCUGUCGACCUCGUUGGCACCGAGUCGGUCGGAGAUGCGUCUGCCCCUAGCAGGAGACGCCGCAACGGCACGGGCAAGGGGGGCAAGGGCGCUGGAGGAGCUAGCGGGGGCAGUGGAGGUGGCGGUGUAGGCGGCGGAGGGGGUGGGGGUGGCGGUGGGAGUGGUGGCGGGGGUGGGGGCUUCGGUGGCGGCGGUGGGAGUGGUGGCGGGGGUGGGGGCUUUGGUGGCGGCGGUGGAGGCGGAGGCGGCGGCGGCAGUGGCGGUGGGAGCGGAGGAGGCGGCGGUGGCGGCGGUGGCGGCGGCGGCGGUGGAGCUGGUCGGGGUGGCUCUGUGCAGCGGGGCGGCUUCGGUGGUGGUCAACGCCAGCACCAACAACGCACUUGCUCUGACGAAAGAGCAGGGGAGCACGAAGGGGAGCAAGGGGGCCGCUCAUCGCCCCACUUCAGCUUGCCUUACCUCGCUCUGAAGAAAGAGCAAGGGAGCACGAAGGGGAGCAAGGGGAAGAGCGUGUGGGGUUGGGGCGGGGAAGCGAGUGGAGGAGGCAGCACGCACAGCGCCUCCUAA